AUGACUCAACAGUGUGAUAUGCGCUUUAUCUACAGAACAGACGAGGGUCAUUCAAUAUGCAAAAACUAUAAAAACCAGUAUUUUGAGUGUGCCCCUGGGGAUUGCUCGGGCAAGGGAUAUUCCCGAGGUCCCUUUGCAUUCACUGGCUGUCGGGCUUUGCAAGCAGACGGAACUUUAACUGGAGGUGUCAGGACAGUUUACCCAUAUUCGUAUCUAGUUGAGACUGGGGUUCCAUUUAUUCGUAUGUCGGGAUUGUGA